AAAUUAGUUGGAGAGCCUCUAACUAAGGUAGAGUUUGUAAACGUAACAAACCAUCAUCCUUUUUCUUUUUCUUUUUCUUUUUUGCUCAAAAAAUCAUAUCCCCCAUUCUUUCCUUCGCUCUCUAUUACUAGAACAGAUCUCUUCUUCUUCUUCGAUUUAGAUCAGUCUGGGACUCUGUAAGAUACUGCAACUAUGUCGGAUACCAUUGAAGACCAUCAAUUGAAUAAUGGAGCGGCACCAUCUGAGUCCGAAACCGACCAACAUCGGAACCCGGAACAACUAUCAUCCGACCACGAUCCCAAUCUCCAAACUGAACCCAAACUUACCGAUGAAGUAGAAUCCGAGGUAAACGGUUUGAAGCAGGAGGAAGUAGAAUCAGUUGUAAUCGAUGCUAAGCCGGAGUUAACACAUGUGGAUCUGUUGCCGGAGGAGAACCAGAUCGGGUCUAAGGAGGGAACAAGCCAGUCGGUAAUGAAGAAAGAAGAUGAAGGAAACAGGACAUUUACAAUGAGAGAGCUUCUCACCGAACUAAAAAGCGAGGAUGAAGGAGACGGCACUCCUCGCAGCACCGUUUCUCCCUACAGUCGAGAGAGUGCUUCUCAACCAGCGGGGAACAAUCCUGCAAUGGAUCUUAUUAACAGCAUCCAAGUUCACGAUGAAGAAGGCCGAUCUCGCCAACGUGUUCUUGCUUUUGCUGCCCGCAAGUAUGCUAGUGCGAUUGAGAGUAAUCCAGAUGAUCAUGAUGCUUUAUACAACUGGGCACUUAUUCUCCAGGAAAGUGCUGAUAAUGUCAGCGCAGAUUCUGUUUCACCAUCUAAAGAUGAUUUGCUUGAGGAAGCUUGUAAGAAGUACGAUGAGGCAACCCGUCUCUGCCCCACCCUCUAUGAUGCUUACUACAACUGGGCUAUUGCUAUCUCUGAUAGGGCAAAGAUGCGUGGUCGUACCAAGGAAGCUGAACAACUUUGGGAACACGCGACCAAUAACUAUGAAAAGGCUGUCCAGCUCAACUGGAACAGUUCCCAGGCCUUAAACAACUGGGGACUGGCGUUGCAGGAACUCAGCCAAAUUGUGCCUGCCAGAGAGAAGGAAAAGGUGGUCAGAACUGCAAUUAGCAAGUUUAGGGCGGCAAUCAGACUGCAGUUUGAUUUCCAUCGAGCCAUAUACAACCUUGGAACCGUUCUGUAUGGAUUAGCGGAAGACACACUUAGAACAGGGGGUUCAGGCAACGGCAAAGACAUACCUCCCGGUGAGUUAUACAGCCAAUCUGCAAUCUACAUCGCUGCAGCUCAUUCGUUGAAGCCAAGUUAUUCGGUUUACAGUAGCGCAUUGAGGCUCGUUCGUUCCAUGCUACCUCUACCGCAUCUUAAGGUUGGAUAUCUAACGGCGCCACCUGUGGGAAACUCACUCGCACCUCACAGUGAUUGGAAACGUACGGAGUUUGAACUCAAUCAUGAGAAGCUUCUUCAGGUAGUGAAACCUGAAGCACGAGAAAUGGGGGGAAACCUGUCUGGAAAAGCAGAGGCAAAUGUGGAGAAGAAGACGGUGAAAGUGAACAUAGCAGAGAUAGUGUCAGUGACGCCAUGUGCUGAUCUGACUCUGCCUCCUGGUGCUGGUCUCUGCAUUGAUACCGUUCAUGGCCCAGUUUACUUGGUAGCAGAUUCAUGGGAGUCGUUGGAUGGGUGGCUGGAUGCGAUACGAUUAGUGUACACAAUUUAUGCAAGAGGGAAGAGUGAUGUUUUAGCCGGUAUUAUUACCGCUUAAUCACACACUUUUUAAUCAUAUAGUUAUGUCUUUGUAUUGGCCAACAUAGCCACCUCAUGUUUUGAUUUGUAUUUUUUGCACACAUUCUCAUUUUUUCACACUUCGCCUCUCCUUUCUCUUUGUCAUAGUUCUGUCUUGUAUUGACCAUCAUAGUCAGCAGAUGUUUGAUUUGUUUUUCUUUUCUUUUCUUUUCUUUUUGCAUAAAUCUCAAUCCGGAACAUAUUUUUUCUGUGAAAAUUACAAUGGGUGCUUCUCAAAGCCAAAUGUAAUCUCUGACACCAAAAACUCAAAAUCUGGGAGGACAAAGUACAAAUACAGAUUAAAAUGUUGGGCCAAUGGGCCUACAUGAAGAUAUUUGGGGCAGGUUGGUUACGGAUCGAAU